CCGAAACCAAGCGAUUUUCGCGGUCGCCGAGGAAUUCAUCGCCAUGAGUGACGCCGCUGACUUCGUGCAAACGCGCAUCGACAAGGUGCAGCUGGAAGGCCUCGUCGUCCUUCAAAUCAUCAAGCAUUGCCAUGAGAGCUUGCCGCGAUCGGUGGCCGGAUCGCUUUUGGGUCUGGAAGCCGACGACACCCUCGAAGUCACCAACAGCUUCCCAUCGCCGGUGGUCCAAGCGCACCCAUCCAACAUGCCGUUGUCCCCUUCAUCCAAGGACAAGAACUUGCAAUACUCGGCUGACAGCGAUGAGUAUCAAAUCGACAUGAUGAAGAACUUGCGCGAAGUUAACAUGGACAACAACAAGGUCGGGUGGUACCAGAGCGCCAUGAACGGCACGUUCUCGACGACCGCCACGAUCGAGUACCAAUUUCAGUACCAGCAAAACCUUGGUCAAAAUGCGAUCUGCAUCGUGUACGACCCAGUCGAAACGACGAAGGGGUCGCUCGCGAUCAAGGCGUUCCGACUGACGAAUGCCUUCUUGGAACAGUACAAGUCGCAAGUGUUCACAAAGGAAGGAUUUUCCAAGGCCGACAUCCGUUCGGCCAACUUGUUGGAAGAAAUUCCGAUCCACAUCAACAACUCGGACCUCGUCCACGUCUACUUGGCCGACUUGCACAAGCAGAAACUGGCCGACACGGAGUUUGACCGGUUGGACCUCGCUACGAACGGGUACUUUGAGAGCAGUCUGCAAAACUUGAGCGCAUGGGCGGACGAGCUCGCCCAAGAACACUACAAAUUCCAGGGCUACGAACGUGCGGUCGCCAAGCACCGCGCGCAGCAGCAACAGUUGGUCCAGAAGCGGCGGGAUGAGAACAAAGCGCGUCGCGAUAACGGCGAGCCGGACGUGAUCGUCGAAGAAGACCCGAACACUGCGUUGAAGACAUUGAGCCAGCCAAGUCGCUUGGAGGCGCUCCUCAUCACGAAACAAAUGAAUACGUACUGCGAAAACAUCAAUCGAUACGCCGGCAAGAGCUUCAAUAAAUUAUUCCUUGCCGGCAACCUCCACAAGGAAUAAUGGGUCGACUCAAGAGUGCCGUCCCCAUGGCGCGGUCACGAAAACAAACCACCGUCCUUGUGCAGGCUAGCAUAGACAUCUAUCGCGUUCAAGCGUUAACUUUCAUGCGUCGACUGUGUAUUUGGG